AUGAAAAAGGGAAAGCAGGUGACCAAUGACAAUGAGCCACCCAGUUACCAGGAGGCAACUGCAGGCUAUGACGAGAUGCAGGCCCAGUUUUCUUUUGAUGACAAGACCAUCAGGCGGACCUUCAUCAGGAAGGUCUACGCCAUUCUCAUGGUUCAGCUGUUUGUGACUGUAGCAAUUGUUGGUCUCUUCACAUUUUGCGCACCUGUGAGGUUUUUUAUUCAGACUCAUCCCAGCUUGUACAUGGCAUCUUAUCUCAUGUUUUUCGCCACCUACAUCGCACUGUCCUGCUGUGGGGAUUUGAGACGGCAGUUUCCCUGGAACAUCAUUUUAUUAGUUCUCUUUACUCUGAGCAUGGCCUUCAUGAUGGGAUUUGUGUCAAGCUUUUACAACACAAAGUCAGUGGUUCUGUGUCUGGGAAUCACAUCUCUGGUGUGUCUUUCUGUCACCAUCUUCAGCUUCCAGAGCAAGAUUGACAUCACAUCCUGUCAGGGCGUCCUAUUUUCUUUGUGUAUGGUCAUGCUUCUCUGCGCCAUCACCCUCUCCAUUGUCGUCCCCUUUGGAUAUGUUCCCUGGUUACAUGCCAUUUAUGCUGUGUUGGGAGCCAUCCUCUUUACUUUGUUCCUGGCAUUUGACACUCAGUUGUUGUUAGGGAACAAGCGCUUCACCAUAAGUCCAGAGGAAUAUGUCUUUGCCACACUCAGCAUCUACCUGGACAUUAUUUACCUGUUCAGCUUCCUGCUACAGAUCAUGGGGGGCGGCCGCGAGUGAAGCAUGUCCUCCUCAUUCUCAUCAAACUCAACAUCCAGCAUGGAUUUAUUAAGCUCAUGAACCAGAUACCACCAGGGCUGUUUUAAUGAAUCACCACUUCUACUUUUUUCCCCUUUUUUGUUAGUGCGUCAGACCUUUGUAAGCAAAGAGAGAGCCAUCUGUUGGUUCUUUGCUUUUGAUUGUGUAAUCUUGUCUAUAAACCAGUUGUUUUUGUCACUACGCCCUCACAUAACCUCUGUUGUUCACUGUAGUCAGGCCAUUCCUAUUUAUCUGUUUUUUGUUCUUCUCUGGGGUCCACUGAGACCUGCACCAUCCUACAAUGUAUGUUUCAACAGUCAUUAUGCUCAUGCGUGGAUACAGAGCUGAGUAUGAUCAGCAUCCCUCUGUUAAUCCAUCA